AUGCCUCCCAAGGGAAAAUACACCAAGCCCAAGCUCCGUGAAGAAGUCAAAGAAGAGAUCCACGCAUCCUCCAAAGGCGGCGCACCCGGCCAAUGGUCGGCGCGCAAAGCACAAAUGAUGGCCUCCGAAUACAAGAAGCGCGGCGGCGGGUACACGACCGACAAGAAGGACCAAGACGAAUCCCAGAAGCACCUAUCCAAGUGGACGGAGGAAGAAUGGCAGACCAAGGAAGGGUCCGCGCACGCCAAACAGGAAGAUGGGACGCGGAAACGGUAUCUGCCGAAGAAGGCGUGGGAGGAGAUGAGCGAGGGGGAAAAGAAGGAGACGGAUGAGAAGAAAGUCGAGGGGAGUAAGGAGGGGAGGCAGCAUGUGGGGAAUACGGAGAGGGCGAGACGGUCGAGGAGGAAGGCGAAUGAUGAGGAGGAUGAGCGGGUUGGGGAGAGGAAGGGGAAGGAGAAGAAGGGGCGUUCCACGGGGAAGAAAGGCAAGCAGCAAGGCGACGACGAAAGUCAAGGGGAGGAAGUAGCUGAGGGCGAGGAACACUCGGACGGCUCUGAGGCUGAGUAUGCCGAGGACGGUGAUGCUGCCGAGUCGGAGAAAGACGAGGGCAAUGACGGAGAGGACGAAACCAAAGAAGAAGAAGAGACCGCGAAAGCAGGACAGAAGCGCGGCAGAGGCCGUCCGAGUAAGUCCUCGUCGAACAAGAAGCAGAAGGGCGACUCAGGCAAAGCAAAGCAAAACGGGAAAGCAGGAGCUAAGAAAAACUCCGAGCCGCCUGCGAAGCCAGGCUCGAAGGAUCGCUUACCGAAGAAGGGCCAGAAGGUCCAUUGGCAUUCUCUACCGGGAUACAUAGAGGGUGAAGUAGUGGAGAUCGCAUUCGAGGACAAGGAGGUCGAAGGCAAGCGGAUCAGGGGUAAGAAGGACGAUCCGCGGAUUGUAAUGAAGAGCAGCUCGUCGGGGAAGAUUGCUUCGCAUAAGCCUGAGGCUGUUUUCUUCGAUUAG